UUCGCGACGUCGAGGUCCUUCGCGUCACGUCGGAUCCUGCGGGAGGAGGCGAAGGGGACUGAGAAUACGCACUUGAGCUACAGGCUUAGCUGGAGCUCCAUAUACGUUGGCGUCGCGCCAAAGUAGGGCACUGCGAGGGGAGUUAACUUUCUCAGACCCAGACGUCCAACGUCGUGACACGACAAUCAAAAACAUCUGCCUGCCGCCCUUCAGAGAAGGAGCAGGGGGCUGGGCUCGCCCGAGAGGCCACGCGCCCUCUUGGAGGGCGGCCCCCCCCCCCGCCGGCGUGCCCCCAGGCGGCGGCGCCCGCCAACGCCUGAGCGAGUGUGCAGGUGAUCUGGCGGGGCAAUGCUCGUGAUCUGCCCGCGCGCCGGCGGCCACCGCCGCGGAUUAUGCCUGCAGGCGGCAGGCCACGCUGCUCUUCAGCGUGGCAAAAAGGAGGAGGAAGGAGGAGGGGAGGAGGAGGAGGGAGGAGGAGGAGGAGGAAGAGGAGGAGGAGGAGGAGAAGGAGGAGGAGCGGGAUUCACUAUGAGCUGCAGGCCUGCUGCGGCGGGUUGCUUAGAACCUGCGUGUCAGCAGCUGGCGUCGCAGCAACGAAUGGGGGCAGGGCGAGGAGAGCUUUUGGGGAGAACGCGCGGAUGACCAGGCGGGCUUAGCCGCCCCGGCACGCACGGAACAGACGCGCGGCGACGUCUGCUCCGACCCCAUCUCGGCUCAGCUGCUCCGAUGCGCAACACGCAACACGUCGCGCAGUGACACGGAGCUCCACACGUAGACUGAAAACGUAGGGCAGGCUCGAUACGCUCGCCAACUACAUGUGGGCCAGUACGAGAAGAAGAGAAAAGGUUUUGAUGUUUACGGCGUGCUCCCUCCUCCGAAACACGCUGAGCCAACACGCAGCGCACCGACCACGGACGCUCUGCACACGGUGCGCGUGGCGUGCCAGCGCGGGCGCGUUGAGGCAGCCGUGAGCUCGUGGGGCCGUGCCCUCGGAGAGCGGGCCCGCGGGCAAGGCGGGCCCCGCCGCGGCGACGGAGUGCCCGCGGGGGGGGGGGAAGCAGAUGCCCGAGGGGCCCGACCCUCCCAGAAAAAAAAAUCCUUCUAAAACGACGCGAAGAUAGGGACAACAUCGGAUCGGGGCUGACGGGGAUACGCGAAGCGUCAAUAAUUGUCACAGAAUGCGCAGAUGGUCUAACUACUGGGCCGCUGCUCGUGAACUGCCCACGUGCCUGCAGUGACGGUUUGCCUAAAGUACCGAACGCACUGCUCUUUAGCAUGGCAACGCGGGAUGGGAAAGAGCAGGACGAGGAAAGCGAAGAGGGUAGCGAGGAGAAGCGGAGGAAUGGAAGGGGGAGAGGGGGUUAAGGGAAGAGGGGGGAUUGGCGUCACAUGCUGGGAGUCACCCACCACGCCCACUUCGCAAUUGCCUUGCCAUCUGGGGCCGGACCACCCGCAGAGGUAUGGCUCAAGGGCCCUCAGUUGGAUCUAGACGGCGGCGCUCAGGGGAGACGCGCACUCUCGCACAACAGUGGGCUUUCUGGACGGUGCUCGGGAAAACCCCGGAACGGGAACUGCGGCUGCGGCCGCUGUGUGCCGUCGUCCCAGCCACGCCACCUGGCCGAAGCCCUCGGGUGGUCGGCGCAGAGCUGGCAGGCCGCGCAGAACGACCCGCCGGCCUCCAGGCGCGCGGUCCUGCGCACCUCCCCGCACAUCUGGCAGCUGGGGCGCCGGCGCUCGCUGGCAGGGCACCCCGACCUUGCAUGCGCCUCCGCCCACAAUUAUGGGGCCAGGAUGGCCCUGGCCAGGCCCGGUGUCGGUGCGCAGGCGCCUCCUGCGGACGACCUAAUGGGAGAGUUGGAAGGCGACUCCGCCCACGCAAUGAAGGCGUCCGAGGCGGCUCCCGCCACGCGCGACCGCCGGGCGGGGGACCGCCACGGAGGAGCCCCCCUGCCCGAGGAGCUGCCCGAGCCCAUGCCUCUGCCGCUGGCCGGGCGGGGGGGGCGCGGCUGCCGCGAGCUCGCACGCACCACGCGGGGCCACGCCUGGAGGGCGACGGCCCCUCGAAGGCUGAACGGCUUGAGC